UUAAAAAUAAGAAUCCAAGGCCAAUGAUUUAUCAAACUCUUAUUAUCAAGAAAAUGUCAAGCGAAGGGCACCUUGCUCCGCACUGACGCAAACCCAAUAUUUCCCACUGGGGUAUAGAAAGCUUUGCACUAAGCACAGCCAAAUCCACUCCUACAUCUUCCAGUUCUCUUUACAGCUGUUUUUCAGCCUUUCAGCUUCAGCACGUCUUAAGCCUCUUCACAAAUGGAUUUCUCCGAGCAGAGAGAGAUGGCCAAACAGCCGGCCAAUGCUCCUACCGGUUGUAACCCGUUGCACCAGCCGGAGGGAGUUUCAGCAAACAAACCGGAUAAUGCCUUUAACCAAACGUCCGCAGCAUACCCGGCCCCUCAGCCAGCACAAUCCAACGAGAGCAAAACUUUCUGUCCCACGGAAAAUAAACCAGGAGAACCGGGAGAAGUCAAAGUCUAUGGGACGUUUAAAAACGCCGCUCUGCCGGUGCCUGGAUCCGUGGCUGCUCUCUCAGCUGCCCGGGAUAUCCCUGUCCAGUCCGGGGACCCGCUUAGGGUCACCGGGGAUCAAAACAAUGCAUCGGGCAACUGGACCACCAUGAGCCAGACCACCAUCAUUCUGGGCGCAGAUGGCAACACGUCUGUUCAGCCCGGCGCGGUGAUGUGGGAGGAAGACGAGGACGAGAGUGGAGAUGAGAAUAAGGCCAGGGGAAACUGGACUAAUAAAUUGGAUUUCAUCCUGUCCAUGGUUGGCUAUGCGGUGGGACUGGGAAACGUGUGGAGGUUUCCAUACCUUGCCUUCCAAAAUGGUGGAGGUGCUUUUUUGAUCCCCUACCUUAUAAUGUUGUGCCUCGCCGGGAUCCCUAUCUUUUUAUUGGAGGUUUCCCUGGGUCAGUUUGCCAGCCAGGGCCCCGUGUCCGUGUGGAAAGCCAUCCCGGCUCUGCAAGGUUGCGGGAUUGCCAUGUUGAUAAUAUCUGUCUUGAUAGCCAUAUACUAUAACAUUAUUAUGUGCUGGACACUGUACUACCUGUUCGCUUCGUUGAAGGGCUCACUGCCAUGGGCUAACUGUAAGAACGAGUGGAACACGUUGGACUGUAAGGACAAAGACAUGCUUCUCUUAGACACGUGUAUCCUCCAUGAUAAAAACAUCACCUCUGUAAAGAACAGCUCGUUCUGUCUGUCGGCUCAAGCCAUUGGAAACCUGACCAAACUGGUUAACAUGACCUUUCCGGAUAACAAAACUUACGUCAGCCCCAGCGAGGAGUACUUCAAGUACAAUGUCUUGCACAUCUCCAAAGGGAUAGAGUACCCUGGAGACAUCCGCUGGCCCCUCGCAGGCUGCCUGUUGCUGGCCUGGUUGAUAGUCUACCUCUCCCUGGCUAAAGGAAUCAAGUCAUCAGGGAAAGUGGUGUAUUUCACAGCUACGUUCCCCUAUGUGGUUCUGGUCAUUCUGUUGUUCAGAGGAGUGACCCUCCCAGGGGCUGGUGACGGCAUCCUCUACUUCAUCACACCCAAGUGGGAGAAACUCAAUGAUGCUAAGGUUUGGAAGGAUGCUGCCACCCAGAUUUUCUUCUCUCUGUCAGCAGCCUGGGGAGGCCUCAUCACACUGUCUUCUUACAACAAGUUCCACAACAACUGCUACAGGGACACCAUCAUAGUGUGCAUAGUUAACAGUGCCACCAGUAUAUUCGCUGGGUUCGUCAUCUUUUCCGUCAUUGGAUUCAUGGCCCACGAACUGAAGGUGCCCAUUGAGAAGGUGGCUGAUGAAGGCCCAGGCAUAGCGUUCGUGGUGUACCCAGAGGCUCUGACCAGACUCCCACUCUCUCCGUUCUGGGCCAUCAUCUUCUUCCUCAUGCUGCUGACCCUCGGCCUGGAUACCAUGUUUGCCACCAUUGAGACCAUAGUGACGUCGGUGUCAGACGAGUUCCCCCAGUACCUGAGAAAGAACAAGCCUCUGUUCACACUCAUCUGUUGUGCAUGUUUCUUCUUCCUGGGAUUCCCUAUGGUCACAGAGAAUGGGAUGUACAUGCUCCAGUUGGUGGACACAUACGCUGCCUCUUACUCUCUGGUAAUCAUUGCCAUCUGUGAGCUGAUCGGAAUCUCCUACUUCUAUGGCCUGCAGAGGUUCUGCGAGGACAUUGAAAUGAUGAUUGGCUUCCAACCAAACCGCUUCUGGAGAAUCUGCUGGGCCUUUGUGACUCCUACCAUUCUGACUGGUAUCCUGGGGCUGAGUCUGUACCAGUGGAAGGUGAUGACCUAUGAGGACUACACCUACCCCACCUGGUCCAUGGUGAUGGGCUGGCUGAUGGUGUUGUGUUCUGUCAUCUGGAUCCCAAUCAUGUUUGUCAUCAAAAUGCACUUGGCCCCAGGAAGCUUUACAGAGCGUCUGAAGCUGGUGUGUUCCCCUCAGCCCGAUUGGGGUCCCUUCCUGGCCAAGCACAGAGGGGAGCGCUACAAGAACAUGAUGGAUCCCCACGGAUCCAACUCCCUGGGCCUCAAACUGCCCCCCAAAGAUUUCCAGCUGGGUGCCUACCAGUAGCAGCCUCCACUACAACCACCACCGCCACUUCAGCAGGGGCACCAGGGGAGAGAGAGAGCAGCAGCCUACCACUGCCCUCUCCCACACCUGUUCCUCUUUUUUCCUGUUCUCCACUCUACUUCAUCUCUCCUGUUUCCUUCCUCUUUCCCAUCAAUGUGGGUGAGAGAAAAGCAAGCCAACACAUCACCUGGUUCUCCUGUUCACCUCCCCUGCUCCCUUCUACACUCUAUAGCAAAGUGGGGCUGCCCUCCUCUACAACAUUGCUUUCUCUGGCAGGCACCCAUGCUAUACCCUGCCCUUUCUCUCCUUAACCCCUGACCUGAGAAUGGUCUGUCCUCUGCCUCCUGCCCAUGCACAGCCAUUACGCCAGAACCCUUUCUUACUGAGGGGAUCUCUAUUCCAAGAGAAAAAUGUACCGUGUCACAAUAUUGCAAUGGCAAUAUUCGACUGCUCAUGACAAAAAAAUCAAAUCAAAUUUUAUUUGUCACAUGCUUCGUUAACAACAGGUGAAGACUAACAGUGAAAUGCUUACUUACGGGUCCUUUUCCAACAAUGAAGAGUUAAAGAUACAUUUAAAAAAUAAAAUAGUGACAGAAGGAAUAGAUACACAGGGAUUAACGAAUAACAAUAAUGGAGUAAAAAUAACAUGGUACUGGUACUCCCUGUAUAUAGCAGAGUCGAUGUGCAGGGGUACGAGGUAAUUGAGGUAGAUUUGUAUAUAUAGGUAAGGGUAUAAAGUGGCUGUGUGUGUGUGACUGUGUGUGUGGCGUCAGUAUGU